CGGAGGCUGGAGCUGUGGAUGUGUCCCCGGGUGGCGGGGGAGGCCAGAACACCGGUCACUGUGAAGUUUUCGGGGCGCACGUCGCCGGGACCGUGCAUGAGUUGGGUAUAAUUUGGCCUCGAGUUUCUGCCUUAACAAGAAAGAACUGGGAAGUGCUCCUGAAAGAAAACUAAAAGAAGAAGAAAGCCCCAACUUAUUUUUACAUGGUUGUCAGCUCCUUUACAAAUAUGGACACUUUUUCCAACAUUUUCCCAUCUGGGGGAGACAGUAGGCAAAAUGAAGAAGAGUUGCAGAAAGUGUUAAUUGAUGAAAGAGUACGAUGUGAAAAUCAUAAAACGAAUUAUCAGACCCUGAAAGGUGAACACACAAGGUUGCAGAAUGAGUACAUAAACUCACAAAAUGAACUCAAGAGGCUAUUAAAUGAAAAGCAAACUAGCCAGGAACAUUUCCGUCAGCUGUGUGAAGAACUAAAAGAGCAAUUAGUAGAGAAGAGUAAAGAGUUGGAAAAAGCAAAGUUGCAGGUAUUAAAUCCACAACAUCUAGAAUUGUUAAAAGCCCAAAUACAACAAGAAUUGGAAGCUCCAAUGCGAGAACAUUUUCAGAAUUUGGACCAAGAAGUGGAAAAGUAUCGAGCUGAAUACAAUAAGCUUCGCUAUGAGCAUACAUUUCUCAAGUCAGAAUUUGAACACCAGAAAGAAGAGUUUGUACGUAUUUCACAAGAAGAAAAAAUGAAAUAUGAAUCAGAGGUUGCAAGACUGGAGAGAGAUAAAGAAGAACUGCAUAACCAGCUGCUCAAAGUUGAUCUCACAAAAGACAGCAAACGCAUGGAGCAACUUGUGCGAGAAAAAACCCAUUUGUGUCAAAAAUUAAAAAGUUUGGAAGCUGAAAUAGCAGAAUUAAGGGCGGAAAAAGAGAAUUCUGGUGCUCAGGUAGAAAAUGUCCAAAGAAUACAGGUGCGGCAGUUGGCUGAAAUGCAGGCUACAGUCAGAUCCCUAGAGGCUGAAAAACAGUCAGCUAAACUACAGGCUGAACGCUUAGAAAAAGAGCUACAAUCAAGCAAUGAACAAAAUACUUGCUUAAUCAGUAAGUUACAUAAAGCUGAUCGGGAAAUAAAUACACUGACCAGUAAAGUAAAAGAGCUUAAACAUUCAAACAAACUAGAAAUAACAGAUAUCAAACUGGAGGCUGCAAGAGCUAAGAGUGAUCUAGAAAGAGAAAGGAAUAAGAUUCAAAGUGAACUGGAUGGAUUACAAUCAGACAAUGAAAUUCUCAAAUCAGCUAUUGAACACCAUAAAAUGGUCUUAGUAGAAAAGGAUCGUGAAUUAAUACGGAAAGUACAGGCUGCCAAGGAAGAAGGUUAUCAAAAACUUGUAUUAUUACAAGAUGAAAAGCUAGAACUUGAGAACAAAUUAGCAGACUUAGAGAAAAUGAAAGUGGAACAUGAUGUCUGGAGACAAUCUGAAAAGGAUCAGUGUGAAGAGAAAUUGCGGGCUGCACAGAUGUCUGAAGAAUCAGCCAGAAGGGAACUUCAGAGCAUUAGGUUAAAACUUCAACAACAAAUUGUGAAUGUUGAAAAUGCAGAGAAACAAAAGAAUGAGAAUUCUGAUCUGAAGCAGCAAGUCAGUCAUUUGCAGAUCCAGGUGACCUCACUGACACAGUCAGAGAAUGACCUGUUGAAUUCAAAUGAAAUGCUCAAGGAAACAGUGGAGAGAUUAAAGCAGGAAUGCCGAAGUUUAAGAAGCCAAGCUGAAAAAGCGCAACUAGAGGCUGAAAAAACAUUGGAAGAAAAACAAAUACAGUGGUUGGAAGAAAAGCAUAAGCUUCACGAGCGUAUCAAAGACAGAGAAGAAAAGUAUAAUCAAGCUAAAGAGAAACUACAACGAGCUGCAACUGCUCAGAAAAAGAGAAAAUCUCUUCAUGAAAACAAGUUGAAGAGACUGCAGGAGAAAGUAGAAGUUUUAGAGGCAAAGAAAGAAGAAUUGGAAACAGAAAACCAGGUGCUGAACAGACAAAAUGUUCCAUUUGAAGAGUAUACAAGGCUUCAGAAAAGACUAAAGGAUAUACAGAGAAGACAUAAUGAAUUUCGAAGUCUAAUCCUGGUUCCUCACAUGCCUCCCACAGCACCUACAAAUCCUGUUAACCUUCAGUCAUCAGCCAUGGUUCCUGGCAUGGACCUAGCCUUUCCUCCUCAUGUGCAGGAAGAACAGCAUCAAAGGGAACUCUCUCUUCUUCGAAAAAGACUAGAAGAACUAGAAACAACCCAAAGAAAACAGCUAGAGGAACUUGGAUCUUCUGGGGAGUGAUGUUCUUGGAGAAAAGGCAGAUAGAUCAAAAGGGGUGAAAUCAGGGACUCAAUAAAGUGUGGAGUUUGACAUGUGUGGCACUGAGAUACUUUAUUACUAUUUGCCAAAGUACUGGAGCUUGCUGUAAGGAAAGGUGCCAGCUACAUGCUUCAGUACACAAGUAUCAGGACUUUAGGUUUUACUAUGAAAAGUGAAACAUUCAAAGAAUCCAUUUCAGAGCUAUUUAGAAACUGUAUUGGAACCCUUUGCAAAUAUAAAAAUGAGUACAAGGAAUUAAUUAAGAAAUCAAGUUUUAAAUUAAUUUUACAUUGUUGAAUAUUUUGGCAUCUUUGUCUAAAAUAUGCCCAUCUUUUCCCUCUUCCUUAAGAUACUUUACCAUAACAAGGUCAAUUAUUGUCUGGUUUACUAUAUACAAGAGUUCUAAACCUCUACUAGGUUUUAGAAAAAAGAUGGCACUUUAAAAGACAGCCUAAAAACUUAAAGAUGAUCUACGUGUCUGUCUCAUAUUCAUUACAGAAGGUUACCAUUUUUAAAAAGCUGUGUGCACAUAAUUUAUUGAAGAGCUUAAUAAAUAUUUUUCUACCUAC